UUGGUCGGAAGAAAAGAACCCUUUCAUCAAGCCGCCGCCGCAACAUCCCUUCCUCCGCCGCCACCACCUGCCGUUCCCCGACCAGCCGAUGCGGUCUCUCAUGCUCUCCCAGCAGCCGCCACCACUCAUGCUUGGCUCCAGCCAGCCGCCCGUGUUAACCCUGUCGCCCUCACCUCUGGCGGUCCCUCGGCGACCAACCUCUCCAGAGAUGCGGGAUCCUGCCGCCGCCACCAUGGAUUCCGCCGCCACGUUGACGCUCUACCAGCGCUGCCGGCACAAUCGAUGGUCCUCAUGGCCAGCCACCGCCACCGCCACACCCAUUGCCCCCCUGCCAAUGACCGCCGGUAGCCCUUCCGUUGCUCCACAGAUGAGCAUUAACUCCAUCAAAUUAGUUAGUCUUCCCCGCUUUUAUGUCGCAAUCUCAUCCACAAAUGCACACGAAACGUCCUCGCACCACUCAAUUUACGACCUUCAUUAUCUUCGACUCCGUUACCCUGCAAAUGCGGAGAAACUGUGCUUAAAACCACUCUGUACUGCAACGCCUGCUCACAUCCACGUCUGGGAGGCAUGGAGGAGGCCUUCUCCACUGAAUCCACUCAUUGCCCCCAAAGCCUACUGCAGGUUCACCUGCGUCUACACCGGCAAUGCUCUGCUUCAGUCUUGCUCCCCCCGACCUCCGUCUGGCCACUCCAACCAAGCACGUAUGAUCGCCAAGAUCCGGGACGCAGCCACGAAGACCCUCCGCAGGACACCGUUCGAUCUCCUUUACCUAUCCUCGCAGAAGGUCAGGUGCUUUGAUUCAUCAUUGUCUUUGCCCAGAUUGCAGCUUUGAUAUGAGUUGCCCAAAAUAAAACGUAGUAGCAGGUAAGGUUCUGUUGCUGUGGUUUACAUGGUCAGUACUGGAUGGUUCGAUGAGAUUAAAGUGUUGCCUUCAUUUUGCUUAACACCUCAUUCUGGCAAAUUAGUGGUUAUGCAUAAUUGUAAAGAUUCAAUUUAUUGAGGGUUUAGUCGACCAGUUAAAUGGCUUUUUGUGUUAACAUGGUAAUGCAAAUUUUAGUCUUAACAUGUGCAAUACUUCAGUCAUUCAUUGUACAUUGUGGCAAGUGAAGUAAAAAUA